UCGUUUGGUUGCCGCAGGUACCGGCGGCAGCGGCAGCGUCAACAUUCGGCGUCAACUCCUGUUCGUUUCGUUGCCGCAGACAGCUGCGUCUGACGCCGCGUCCGAACGCCGCAACGCCGAUAAAACCUGCUGUCGCGACAUAAAACCUGCGGCCAAUAAGUCGGGGAAAGUGACGCAGCUCCAUCUCUAUCUCUCUCUCUCGAUCUCCAUUCCUAGAACCAGUGAAGAUCUUGAGAGCUCUCUCCAUCUCAAGCUCUCUCUCCAUCUCGAGCUCCCUCCAUCUCAACCUCUCUCUCCAUCUCGAGCUCUCUCCAUCUCGGGCUCUCUCUCCGUCACGAGCUGUAUCCAUCUCAGGCUCUCUGGCUCUCCCUCUGUCACGAUCUGUCUCCAUCUCGGGCUGUCUCUCUUCUCUGAAGAAAACCCAUCUCCGAUCUCAUCUCCAAGCUCUCUUACCCAUCUCCGAUCUCAUCUCGAAGCUCUCUUACCCAUCUCUGAUCUCAUCUCCAAACUCUCUCUUCUCCGAGCUCAUCUCAUCUCCAAGCUCUCUCUUCUCCUUUUCUCGUUGAGGCUCUCUCAUUUCAGGCUCCAUUGAUCUCAGGUUUGCUCAGACCUAGUGGAAAAGACUCAGAUCUUCUCAAGCUCAUUCUCUCAAGCUCAGACCCUCUCAAACUCACUCUCUACUGCUGUUCCUCUCACUUUUUAAGAUGUCGACGUCAAAAGAUAAUUGGAAACCUGAGGAAACUAGGUAUUUUUUCCAACUCUACGCGGAAGAGAGAAGAAAAGGAAAUAAGGUUGGUCAGCAAAUGAAUAAAGUAGGAAAAAAGAACAUCAUGGAUGCGUUUGAGCUGAGGUUUAAGAAGGGAUUUUCCGAUUGGAAGAGGGACUACAAGAACAAGUACGACAGCAGCAGAAAAAAAUACAUCAGGAUUAGGAUGCUGACUCAGAACAGGACAGGACUUGGGUAUGAUAACAUGGGAAGGAUCGACAUGUCAGAUGAUUGGUGGAAAGAGCGCGAAAGGGAGUGUCCAGGAAUUAGAAAAGCCUUCUGCAAAGAAAUUGAUAACAUGGAUAUGUUUGAAGCAGAAUUUGGUGGUGUAGUAGUUACUGGAGCAGAAGGUUGGAGUGCUCAACAUGGAGAAGCAAGCUUGAAUUCGAGAGUUGGUGGAGAUAUUGCUGAGGAUGAAGCUGAUUCUCAGCCAGCAGCAGAGACAGAAACCCAGGGCCAAGCUCCUCGCCAAACUCAACCAGCAGCUCAGACUCAUUCUGGAGGUUCAAGAGCAAAACGAAGGCGUAAGGAGAAAGAUGUGGCUGUGGAGGCAUGUGAAAAAAGGACAGCUGCUCUUGAAGUGAAGAAUAUGCUAGCAAAACAAUUGAUGGAGCGUGAACAACCAUUCAGUGUUGAGACCGUAUAA